AUCGGACACUUUGGGCGACGUACAGCCAAUGUCAGAGGGAGGAAAACUACCGUUGACAUAACUGAUAUAUGUAUUCAUUUUAAUGUCCUCUCUGUUUUCUUCCUAAUAGACGGAAAAAUCACAUUGUUCUAUUACGUGUUUAUAGUUUAUCGUUAUUAUUAUUAUUUAUCGUGGACGCUGUUGGUGUAGCGGAACCUACGGGACGCGAUGCGCCUCACGCUGCAGAUGCUGAUCUCCCACGGCCGGGUGGCCAGGAAGAUGGGCCUGGGCCCCGAGUCCCGGAUCAACAUGCUGCGGAACAUCCUGACAGGACUGGUCCGGCAUGAGAGGAUAGAAACCACGCAAGCCAGAGCCGAUGAAGUCCGCUUCUACGCCGAGAAGCUAAUCGAUUACGGCAAGAAGGGAGACACCGAUGAGAAGGCGAUGAAAAUGGCCAGUUUUUGGCUAACGGAAAAGGACCUCGUCCCAAAGCUCUUUAAAGUCCUCGCUCCGCGUUUUGAAAACCAGUUGACUGGCUACACACGGAUGGCCCGGAUCCCCAACAGAGAGAACCUGGACAGAGCCAAGAUGGCCGUGUUGGAGUACAAAGGCAACCCUUUUCCUCCUCUUUAUCCUGUGAAGAAGGAGAAUGAACUGACUCUCCUCAACCAGCUCCUCAAAGGCUACAGAGAAGAGAGAGCAAGAGUGUUGGCUGCAGAAGCUUAAUUAAUCCCUUCAUGUUUUUGUUUUUUUAUUGCUGCAGAAACAGCCUUAAUACAUUUCUUUUCAUGAACAGUUUUAAUGUGAGCUAAAUCAAGAGCAGAUCUGUUAAAACUAAACUGAUUGUGUUAUUUCUCCAACCUAAGUUUCAGGUUUUUCUUACUUCUUCAGUAUUUAUGAGUUUAGCUUUAUGCGGGUUCUCAGCAGAAGGACCUGAAUAAAAAUAACGUGUCCUUACCCUGUUGAAGAAUUUUAAUAUUUUACAUCACUGAUUUUGUGAAGAAGAUAGUCAGAGCAGCAGAGGCAUGCUCUGUUAAAUCUGAUCUGAAAGAAAAUGAAUAAAAGAAUCGAUGCAG